AUGGAUGAGGCAGCGAUGGAGUUGAACAUGGUGCAAGCUUUCAGCAACAUUAAACACCUAAAUCUGCCUCUGUCUCUGUCUCAGUCUCCCCUCUUUCAGCACAGCUUGCUCACCAAAUGGAUUAAAGAAAACAUCAAGAAGAAAGAGUGCUUCUUCUAUGUGGAGAAGGACAGGGAGGGGAUUUGUAUGUGUGGUUACAUAAAAGAUGAGCACUGCGAUGAAGCCAAACAACUGGAGAACUGUAUGGGAGAGCAGUGGAACAGACAAAGACACAUCAGAGAGGUGCCCACCGACGCUUUUGGAGAUAUCAGCUUUGGGGGACUUGGACAGAAAACCGCAAAGUAUGUCCGGGUGUCCUCGGACACACCCUGUGAGCGUCUCUACCAGCUGAUGACCAAACACUGGAAACUGCGUUCGCCCAAUCUGCUGAUAUCAGUGACUGGUGGAGCCAAAAACUUAAACAUAAAGACUAACCUGAAGGACAAGUUUCGUCGGGGCCUCAUCAAAGUCGCCCAGACCUCAGGUGCAUGGAUCCUGACAGGAGGGACACACUCUGGUGUGAUGAAGCACGUGGGCAUGGCCGUGCGAGAUUACACACUCAGUAGUGGUUUGACGGAGGGACAGAUUGUCGUCAUCGGUGUUGCACCCUGGGGAGUCAUUCACAAUCAAAAAGACCUCAUCAAUUCUGAGCUCAUGCGAGGUUAUCUCCCUGUGCAAUACUCUCUGGACGAGCAAGGUCAGGGUCAUCUCUCCUGCCUCGAUAUCAACCACACUCACUUCCUGCUGGUGGAUGAUGGCACUCGUCAUUAUGAAGUUGAGAUAGAGCUGCGGGCUGGCCUGGAGAAAUACAUCUCUCAACAGCCGCUGGGAAACAGAGAGAAUAGUGGAUUGACGAUCCCGGUGGUCUGUGUGGUCUUGGAUGGCGGUACAGGAACGCUAAACACCGUGUACAAUGCGAUACUGAAGCACACGCCGUGUGUGGUGCUGGAGGGCUCUGGACGCGUGGCGGACGUCAUCGCUCAGGCGGCAGCUCUGCCCGGGUCAGAGGUCACUCCGGACCGAAUCGAGCAGCUCAUCAAGAGGUUUUUUACAAAAGCUGAGUACGAAAGCUUUGGUGGGUCGCUGUUCAUUGAGUGGACCAACAAGAUUCAGGACAUCAUCCGAAUGUCUCAUUUGCUCACUGUGUUUCACAUCGACGAGGAGAGAAACUGUGAUGUUGACGUAGCCAUUCUCCAGGCUCUACUGAAAGCCUCCAGAAGCGAUGAACUACGUCAGUCGUGGGAGAGACAGCUGCAGCUCGCUGUGGCCUGGAACCGGGUCGACAUCGCAGAGAGCGAGAUCUUCACCGAGGACAGACAGUGGACGUCCAGUGAUCUGCAUCCUGCCAUGUUUUCUGCGCUGGUGGGUGACAAACCUGAGUUUGUGCGUCUCCUGCUGGAGAAUGGAGUGUGUGUGCAGAAGUUUUUGGAGUGUGAAGACAUGCUCUGUGAGCUUUACGCCCACCUGCCCGCCUGCUUCUUCCUGAGCAAACUCGCUAAAAGAGUCCAGGGUGGAAAAAUCUGCAGGGGUCAAGAGCCACAGCCUGGAAGCACAAAGAUCUCCUUGAGUCACGUGGCUGAAGAAGUGCGCCACCUGCUGGGGAGUUUCACUCAACCGUUAUACGACCCAUCGUGCUACAAGAUAAACAAAGAUGAUGUCCAUUUAGUGGUGCCUUCCAAAGGCCUGAUGAAUCCAUCAUGUUUGGAUGAAGAGAGGACCGCAAACAAGGUUUGGGAAUCGAUUCGAGAUCUCUUCCUCUGGGCCGUUGUGCAGAAUAACCCAGAAAUGGCAGAGAUCAGCUGGGAGCAGUGCAGAGACUGUAUCGCAGCCGCUCUGGCAGCCAGUAAGAUCUUGAGGAAGCUGGCGCAGGAGAGCGUAGAGGACGACAGUGAAGAGGCAAAGGACAUGAAAGAACUGGCCAGGCACUACGAGAAACAAGCCAUUGGUGUGUUCAGCGAGUGUCACAGCUGGGAUGCAGAGAGGGCGCAGAAGCUGCUGACGCGCGUCUCGCCGAUGUGGGGCAGAAGCACCUGUCUGUGGCUCGCGCUCAAAGCCGACGCGAAGAGCUUCAUCGCUCACUCUGGAGUCCAGGCUCUGCUGACUCAGGUUUGGUGUGGAGAGCUGUCUGUGGAGAAUGCAACCUGGAAAGUGCUGCUCUGCAUGAUCUUCUUUCCUCUCAUCUACACCAGCUUCCUAACCUUCAGACGUGAUGAAGACAUCCAGAGACAGGCCGAGAGGACGGAGCAGCAGAAACUGGCCGAUGAUUCAGUGUUUUCUGGAAGCUCAGAUAUCAAACUCAAACGGCAUUAUCGCGACUCUUCGCAGAAGCCGGAGCUGAAGCCUCUCAACUGUGCGUCUCGUCUGAUGAGUCUGUUCACGUCGCCUCAAGUCAAGUUUUACUGGAACAUCGCCUCAUAUUUUGGCUUCCUGUGGCUGUUUGCCGUGGUGCUUAUGAUCGAUUUCCAGACCUAUCCGUCGUGGAGGGAACUUCUGCUGUAUGUGUGGCUCACCUCGCUGGUGUUUGAGGAGCUUAGACAGUUCUAUCAUGACUUUGACGGGCCUGGUUUACGGAGGAAAGCAAAGAUGUACAUCUGUGAUGUGUGGAACAUUCUGGAUGUUCUGUCAAUCAUACUGUUCAUUGCUGGUCUGGUCUGCAGACUUCUGGCCUCCGGAACUGUGUUCUAUGUAGGUAAAGUUAUUCUCUGCAUCGACUUCAUCAUAUUCUGUCUCCGAUUAAUGGCCAUCUUCACUAUCAGCCGAACUCUAGGCCCAAAGAUAAUCAUCCUCAGGAGAAUGAUGAUGGAUUUGUUCUUCUUCAUGUUUCUGCUCAGUAUCUGGGUUGUGGCGUAUGGCGUGGCCAAGCAGGGCAUUUUGAUUGACAAUGAAGACAGACUGAACUGGAUCAUGCGCGGAGCUGUCUAUGAGCCCUACCUCAUUAUAUUCGGCAAUGUUCCCACUAAUAUAGACAACACUCAUUUUGACAUGGACAGCUGUAGUAUGAAUGGCUCUGAGCCUCUGAAGCCCAAAUGUCCCAUGCUGAACGGUGAUAACAUGCCGGUCUUCCCAGAAUGGCUGACUAUCAUCAUGCUCUGUGUUUAUCUGCUCUUCACCAACAUCCUGCUGCUCAACCUCCUCAUCGCUAUCUUCAACUACACGUUCGAGGAGGUCCAGGACAACACAGACACCAUCUGGAAGUUCCAGCGCUACGAGCUGAUCAAGGAGUACCACAGUCGACCCGCUCUUCCUCCACCCUUCAUCCUCCUCAGUCACCUCAUCCUCUUCAUCAGAGCAGUGCUGCAGCGCCACCCUCCACAGAAACACAAGACCUUCAGACAGGAACUGGAGCAGAAAGAGGAAUAUGAGCUGUUGGCAUGGGAGGCCUACAUGAAGGACAACUAUCUGUCAUCGAUGCGGCAGGACAAGAGUCAGAGCGAGGAGCAUCGCAUCCAGGACAUCGCAGAGAAGGUCAGUGUGAUGUCAGAGCUCCUGGAGCGUGAACAGGAAGGGGUUUCUUCCACCAUCACAAAACGCCUGGCCACGCUUGAAGAGCAGGUCUCCGAUUCCAGCAAAGUCUUACAAUGGAUCGUGGACGCGCUGAAAUCUCAGGGAUUCAAAUCCAAAAGGCAGCUGCCUCUGAGGCUCCAUAAGUGGUUUUUAUUUAGUGCAUCAAGCAGCAGUAUUUCAGCUCUCGCUGGGUUUCCAGAGUCGAGAGCUCGCAGUCGUCUCAUCAACCGCUCCAGAGGAGAGAAGUGA